UGUGUUAACACUCGGCUUCCUCUUUUGUACACAAUUUUCCACGGCUGUUUUACAUACAACAUUUCGUUGUUGUUACGAUGGCAGACGAUAUUGAUGAAUUGUUGGAAGAGGUAGAAAAUAAAUUUUUUAAAAACAAGCCCAGGGAUAAUUUACAAAAAAGCGAAAGUGAUGUAACUUCACUGGACAGCAUUCUUUUUGAUAUUGGAGAAUAUGAGUCAUUAAAUGGUGAGGUUUUUUCUGAACAAAUGAGGAAUCCAAGAACACAAAGGAAAUGUUUCCCAGUGUAUUUAAGUGGAACACAGAUCAGCAAAGGAUGUACAACUGCAGGAGAAAUAAGGGCAUGUGACAAGCUACAUUGCACAUCCUGUGACUUCUCAGUAGCCGUUUAUGGGAACAUGGCAUGGAGAGAUGGUACGGAUUACUUAUUCCUUCGAACAAACAUGCCAGAUUUUGCCAAAGUGAGCACAAAUCUCAAAACUGCAGAACAGUGGCAGGCUUAUGCUUGCCAAUGCUGCCACCAAUCAACACGUGAACUUGUUGACCUAAAUACAUUGCCAACCAUUCAGUGGAUCUGCAAAGGUCAUUCCACAAAAGAUACAAAACAUAGCAGUUCCUGAAUGUCUGUUAUUAUUCUUAUGUAAUUUGUAGCAGUUUUAAGAUGUUGCUGUAGCUCUCAUAGUAUACUUUAAAUUCUUCAAUUACAAAAGAGAUUUCACUGCA